CGUUGAACGACACCCACUUAGGAUGAGCUUAUACUCUACCCGCAUAUCUGCGAAAAGGCCGCCCUAUCGACCAGCCCUGCUUCCUCCUCACACAAGUCAUCGUCUGCCUCGUGUUGUCUCUCGUCGAGCUGCGAGCGAGCUACUAUGCCGACGAAUAAAAGCGCUCAUACGAGAGGUGGCGCGCAUACGAGGGGCGCGAACAACACAAGAGGCGCCAGCACGAGAGGCGCUCAGAGAGGGCGUGGUGGUAGGGGACGCGGGACUAGAGGAGAUCGCGGUAGAGGAGGCGCCAGACGAGGAGCAUACGGCACUUUUGGGGGCACUCAUCGCGGAGACGCCCCGAGGGAGGGUUCCAACGGGUGGCUUACCACGGACGAUGUUAGCGGAAGCCGCGGAUCUGGCAGAGGAGGCGCCGCAAGCAGGGAAAGCAUCAAUAGGCGCGCUCAGCCGUCGGUCGUCGCGGCCAACGAACCGCCAAUCACCAAAGAGAAACACCCCAAUGGCCAACCGUACAUCAAGAUCUCGCAGAUCGCGUCCGUGUACGGGUUACCCGCGCUCGACAUUCCGCUGGAAUGCUUUCGGCGCGUCGGUGUCAGCAUUUACGCCUUCGAGGCGUCUCGUGUUACGCCUGAGCAAUUGCGCGCAGCGCGCAAGAGUUACGAAAUGGGUGAGACCCCAGAACCUGUGGACCUUUCGGGCUCGGACGACGAAAUCGGAGUCUGAAGUGAUUGCUCUGCGCCGUGACGGCGUACAAGCGCUGACAUUAUUAAGAACAUUGUUAUACAGAUCCGUUGCUGGUCACCUUUUCUUCACUUGACUUACUUUUUUCUGGCAUGUGUAUUUCUUGGUCCC